GUGAGGAGGGGGAAUUGUACCUAAGUGAGUAGCAGUGUGAAAGUAACAAGGAGGAAAAGAAACAUUGGAACAGAGAACACAAAAUGGAGCAGAAAAAUAACUGUAAGUCAUAUUCUGUUUUUCUGUGUGUGCACUACUAGUGCUAGUUGACUUUAGCUUCUGGUUAGACAAGGAGUGUAUGGUUGAUGGGGCAAUAGUAAAACUGACAUGUACUGAGGCUGUGUGACACAGUUUGUGUUCAUUUACAUAUAACUGUUCCGGUUGUCUGUGAUUUAUAUCCUAACUGUAUUCAUCAUAACUUACUUGCGUUGUCCUGAUUACUAGUUAGGACCUUUCUUGUCAAAGAUGACAGUAUCUCAAUGUUAUCACUUAAAUACAUAAAGUUUGAUUUAUUAGUCUCAUUUUAGUUGGCAAGAUACAUUUCAUAUGCCACUUUGUGUAUUCUAUAAUUACCUGGUUUUUAGUGUAUAAAUGAUGUUGAAAGGGACUUAUUUUACAAACUGUUAUGUGAGCCCAUUGUGAAGCAAAUCCAGCAGGAUUGUAUAAUUGCAAAAAGAGGCAGAUAAGUCGCAUUGAGCUGAAACACCCCCGUUCCUUCCCCCUUCUCUUUCUCACAGUGCAGUGUUCGAUCCGGGAGUACCAGGCCGAGGAUAAAGAUGCCGUCAUCUCAUUGUUUCGCAAUGGGAUUUUGGAACAUGUCUAUCCAGCUUUCUUCAAGACCAUAAGCCACCCAGAUCAAAUCGGUGUGACCCUAAGCAUUUCUAUGGCAGGCUACGUGCUAGGUGGAAGCUCCUAUUUCAUGGCCUUACUCUUCGGAGGAGCGUGGGCUGGUCUCAUCUACUACUGCUGCUAUGAAAUAUACGAGGGCUACAGGCUAAGAAGGAUGGCCACAGACAUGGCCGACAUAGAGGCCAGCUUCCUGGACAACCCAGACAACGGCUUCUGGGUGGCGAAGGCUGAGGUCAACGGCAAGUCCAAGGUGGCUGGGCUGGUGGCGGUGGUGGGGAGGAGGGGAGGGGACGAAAAUGGAGACAGCUGGAAUGGAGGGCCUUUGGGAGGGGUCGAUGAGAUAGGCCAAGAUGAGAGAGAUGGAAGCUACGGCGAGGUGCCCCACUUGAUUGUGUCGUUCGCCUACCGCAAAAAAGGCCUUGGCUCCCAACUGGCUCAUAAGGUCAUGGAGUUCUGCAAGGAUCGUGGCUUCUCUCAUGUUGUCCUGGAAACCAGCUCACCGCAGACAGCAGCGAAUGCCCUCUACAGCAAACUAGGCUUCAUUCAAACCUCCUGCCACAGUAACACGCACGUUAACCACUGGUUCUCCAAACUAGCCAACAUACAAGUGAUGCGUAUGGAGAAGUACAUCUAA